AUGAUAGAAAAUGGCCAGGAAAAAGAAAUCGUGUACCUAGAGGAAUGGGAACCUCAAAAUCUCUGUGUGACCUCAUCUGGAGACCUCUUAGUCACCAUGAACAGUAUUGAGGAGUUGGAAGAAGACGGGGAUGAAGCUUCACAAGAAGAGACGGUGCAGUGCAGAAUUGUACGUUAUUCACUGACGGAUUCCAAAGAAAAACAAAUCAUACAAUUUGAUGACAAGGGAAAUCCUUUAUUAUCGGGAAACCAUAGUAGUAAAUAUAUAUGUGAAAACAACAACUACGACAUCUGUGUGGCAGACUCUGAAGCUGGCGAAGUUUUGGUGGUAAACGAAGAAGGAAACCUCAGAUUUAGGUAUAGCGGUCAUCCAUCGGCUGUUAGAAACCAGCAGAACCAGCUGAAAGAAGAUUCCAGAAAGAUCAACACAUUCCAUCCAAUCGGUAUAACCACCGACAGCCAGAGCCAAAUCCUGACAGCAGAUUGUCCGAAUCAUCUUAUCCACAUCUUGGACAAAGAUGGACAUUUUCUGCGUCUGAUCGAUAAUUGUGAUCUGUACACUCCACAUGAUUUGUUUGUGGACAAGAAUGACAUCCUUUAUGUAACAGAACAUUACAUUGGGAAAGUGAAAAAAGUCAAAUAUUUGGAGUAA